CGAGCAACUUGAGGUUUAACUUGGUGACAGCUUCAAUAAAAUAGAAGAAAAACCUAAUYAUCUCACCAUACAAAUAAAUUUUAAUCUUGGAGACUACUGGAUUGAGCGAAAAGGAAAGCAAACCUACAGUAUCUGCAUGUUUCUUCAUUUUCUUUGGAUGUCAUCGCAGUUAUCAACGCUUCUUGAGCGUGCUUGGUGAUGAACAAAUGUUGAAAAGACAACAAAGAAUUUCAUGAAAAACGKUAAGUUUGCUCAGUUCACUGACUUCAAGUAAGGAGGUAUGCAAAGAACAAACCGUCCACAGCGUCAUUCAGUUGCAAGCUUUCCCUUCAUYGUAACUCCAGAGAMUUCCGAAGUUAUAAACAAACCGAGUUUUUUGGAGCUUUUAAAUCCAAAACGAGAGGACGUAGCUUGUAAAGGACAAACAGCUAAGCUACAUGAACGAGCCGGUGGAAAUAAGUCACCGGAAUCGUCUCGCAGAAUCUCUCUGUCUUACAAACCAUACCUAGAGGCCGGCGGCGCUGGUGAAACUCCAGCAAGACGAUAUUCCACCUCAAGCAUCAGCUCACGACUAUUUUACUCAAGAAACGAAAAACCUGUACAAGAUGAUAAUGAAUACAAGUCCAGUACACAGUCUUUAACUACCGAAGACAACAGUUUCAACGCCAAAGGAAGUAAAAUUCUCGAAGAUUCAAAUAAAUUGCCGAAGAUUGUAUUGACGGCUCCCGAUCAGAAACCAGAAAAGAAUAAGAAGAAAAGAAAAAAGAAAAAAGUUGAGAAGGAAUUGAAAUCUACUGAAAUCGAUUUGAAUGAGGAUAUUGGAGUUGAGAUGAGCCUUGAUAAAGAUGAUGYUGUUGUGRUUCCUGAAAUUCCUACUGUACCCAGUAGYAUCAAUAGCAAUGAUAAUAGCGACGAAGAUGACAGCAAAGAUUGGAAAUAUAAAUUAGAAUCACAAUAUUUUCAAUUAGGAUGGGAUACCACGAAAGCUUUUACAUAUUCUUAUUUUCCAAAACUUAAAAAAGAACGAAAAAAUGGAAAAGAGAGAAAGAACAUGAAAAUCGAGAAGAAAGCAGCGUCUACGCAUUUCCACGUCCAGACGUCAUGACACACGAAGACCUCAGACAAACGAAACCACAUCCAUCAGUCAGUCAGUGAUGUAAAAUAGGUACAAAUGAAAAUAACGGACAUCCAAGGUGUACACGUUUCCGUCUUCGCCGACAUUUAUAUACUCAUCUUGGUCACGUUAGCCGCCAUGACGGUGUUCAUUUCAUAUUCAAAUGCAUGCAAAUUAGCCAUGCGGUCUUACAAAAAAUAAACCACAAAUGUCACAGUUAACAUUCCCUUACUGACAAACAAGACAACCAAUAAAUCGAUGUUUCAGUAGUUUAUUUAAAUCAUUGAUCAUCAUGCUCGAUGUAACGCCUUACUCUUGAUACACGUAUAUUAGUGUACAGGUGGUUAGAUGAACACGAUCGAUUGAAAGUCGAGGAUUUUAAAAAAGUAAAAUAAAGACUAACUAAUGUUUUACUGGGUACUCUACAAUAGAGUGCAAACAAUAUACUAUAAAUUAUGCUUUUAUAAUAUAUACUGCAUAUACUUCCUAUACAAUGCUGGAUUUGCUCCUACAUUUUUUCCAAAAAAUUCAGUCAAAAAGGUAUACAUGUACAACUGUGUGCCUUCCAAGAAAAUAAAUUAUGACAAAAUUAAAAUAAACAUCACUUUUAAACACU